GGAGGAUGGACAACAAGGCCAUGUAUCUCCACACCUUCGGCGAGAGGGAGAGCGGCUCCGUCUUCGAGGAGCCCUUCGAGGGCAGGAGCCUCUCCAAGCUGAACCUCUGCGAGGACGCUCCCGGCAGGAGGAUGACGGCGGCCGGGCGCUGCGGCCGGCUCGGCUCCCUGGCAGCGCUCAAGUACGCCGUGCUGGGGCUCUACCUCCUCGUCUUCCUCAUCCUCGUCGGUGUCUUCAUCCUCGCAGUCUCAAGGCCGCAGACGUCCCCCGAGGACCUGAAGGCGCUGAUGGGCAACGUGAACCGCCUGAACGAGAGUUUCCGGGACAUGCAGCUGAAGCUGCUGCACCUACCUCUGAAAGGGGACGUGCUGGAUCACAUCUGGAGGCUCCAGGACCUCCUGCAGAACCACUCGGACUCCUUGUUCCUCAUGACGGGGUCACUGCAGAAGCUGGAAGGGCUUCUCUGGAGCCUGCAGACUCAGGCCAGCCAAACGGACAAGGCCGUGUCCAGCCUGUGGGACAGCUUGGCUCACCAGGGCGACACGGCUCAGCAGGAGAUGUACAAGCUCUCCGUGGAAGGCAACAGCAGCCGGCUGCUGCUCCAGCACCACGACCAUCUCCUGGCCCACCUCAGCAGCAGGGUGGAGAGCCUGAGCGACCAGGUGACGGCAGCGAGCGGGGCUGUGGACACCAUGAACAGGACCUUCUCCUACGACGUGAACAUCCACCACACCCGCAUCCAGGACCUACAAGUGCUCAUCAGCAAUGCCACCGAGGACGCCCGGCAGAUGCGUCUUAUCCACAUAGCCAUGGAAGAGCAGCUCAAGCACGAGCUGGCCAUCCUCAACAACGUGACGGAGGACCUGCGGCUCAAGGACUGGGAACACUCAGUGGCUCUGAAGAACAUCUCUGUGAUACAGGGGCCUCCGGGACCCAAAGGAGACCAAGGCAAUGAAGGAAUGGAAGGCGAGCCUGGCCUUCCUGGCCUCCCGGGGCUGCGAGGGCUCCCCGGGGAGAGAGGACCACCAGGACCACGUGGCUUGAAAGGGGACAGAGGAGACCUUGGCCCUCCAGGUCCAGCAGGACUGCGGGGAUUCAGAGGCGAGAGAGGCCCCAAGGGCGAGAAGGGAGAUCGCGGCGGGGACACAGGUGAGCAGCCCGAGCUCCGCCUGGCCGGAGGCCCCGGGCGCUGCGCGGGGCGCGUGGAGGUGCUGCACGCCGGGAGCUGGGGCACCGUGUGCGACGACGGCUGGGACAAGAAGGACGGCGACGUGGUGUGCCGCAUGCUGGGCUUCCGCGGCGCUGAGGAGGUCUAUCGCAUGGCCAGGUUCGGACAGGGCACGGGCAGGAUCUGGAUGGACGACGUCUCCUGCAAGGGCACGGAGGACAGUCUCCUGCACUGCAGCUUCUCCAGCUGGGGCAAGACGAACUGCGGCCACGCUGAGGACGCCAGCGUCAAGUGCCUGGUGCCCUGA